GUUGCUGAAAGUCCCGCGGGCGAAAAUGAUGAGGGUCGCAAGAAGACGAAGGCAACUUCGCUGACCGAGACAGUGGAUUUCUCUCCCCACUCCUCCCUGAGGGAGGAUUGUGCCCGCCGGAUGCUUCACGAGUUAUCCGGUAAGCUUCUCGUCCCUCCUGAGUAUACGGAAGCGGAAGAUCAUUCGACCAGGCACUGGGUGGGGACCGCUGCCCGCUUCCUUUUGGCGGCUGGCGUUGGCUUGUCCCAAAUUGGGAUGACCAACGAGAAGCUCCACAUGGCAAGCUUGCGCGACGAAGUGGAGGCGGAAAAACUGCGAAAGCGGAUCGGGGAGCUGGAGGCG